GCACAAUAUGUUAGCUGACCUUGGCAAUGCGUGGGAAGAUGAGGAACAUGAUUUGGUCUUACCUGAACCAGGCGAAGCGGGGCAGGAGAGGUUCCGCAAAGCAGUUUCUGAUGUCGUCAUGAUGGAACGAGGCAGGGAGAAGCGAGAGCAGGUGCGAGACCACGCGGUGGCUUACAACUGGGCGAGCGGCGGCCUGCCAAUUGUGCAAUGAUCUUCAAUCGUUAUCUUUCCCUUUACUUUCGAUUUGUUUCUUUUAUUUAUUUUGGCUUUACUUUCGAUUUGUUUCUUUUAUUUAUCUUUGUCUUUGAGCUUGCUAUGUUCUUACCUGUCUGUGUAUGUUCUUCCUUGCAAUUGAUCCUCUGCCAUUUGUUCCU